GCCAGUCGCCCACCAGCCACCGCCCCAGAUACGACCCGAGCGACACUUCCGGCGUACCUCUUCUCCCGGUCGUGUCCUCUUCUCGUCCUUCCAGCACCUCUUCGUCCUCUCUUCUUCGCGCGCCUCCCAGCCGUGCGCGCUCAGCUCCUAGUCGCCGUCGUCGAUUCACCCCGGCACGCGAGACAAUCCCGACCAACAACUCCUCGUACGAAAACGACAAUAUGCUGAUCGGUCUCGUGCGCGACUCGGUGCUCCAGUGCUUCUGUCACAGCUGCAAGGCCCCGCUGGGCGUCGUAGCCGGUCCGAGGAGGAAUAACGCGCCCUUCAAGAAGCCUAACGGCAAAGGCAAGCCGCGGACCAAGCAGCCGAAGAAGGUGAAGUUCAUCACAACCGAGAUUAGAUGCCAGGAGAAGUCCAAGGGUGGACUGUGCUACGAGGUGAUCUUGGCGGAGCCGACGGUGCCUAAAAGAGCGCCGUCACCGCCGCAGCAGACGACUCCGACCCAGCAGACUGCGAUCGAGGACAAGCUGAGGGCUGCCGAAGAGCGGAGACUGUCGCUGGAAGCGCAUAAGCUCGCCGGUCUUGCUGCUAAGCUCAGCAAGAUCGAGGAGGCCUCUCGCAAGAAGGACGAGCUGAGCGCGGCCUUCAUCGCCGCCACUCGCGAGUCCUUGGACGCUAAGAUGAAUAAUACGGAGGAGAAGCGAGAGGCUCACAUCGCCGAGCUGAAGAACAAGCUGAAGGAGCAUUUGGAGAGUGUCGAAAAGACUCGUCUAAGUCUCGAGCUGCAAACCGAGGAAGUUCGAUGCGCCGUGGAGGAGAAGCUGAAGACUGCCGCGGCUCAACGUGAUGAAAAUAUCAAGAGGAUGUUGGAUCGUCUCAAAGAGCAUGAAGAGCAAGUUGCUCGUGUACGUCAGGGAAUGUCGGAGCGUGUGCAGCAAUUGGAGUCCCAAAUUCAGGGCAAGCUGGAGCAGGCACGCGAACGUCGCGAGACCAUCGAGCGCGAACAGAAGGAGAAGCUGCGCAAUCAUAACACGGUGAAGAUAGAGAAAGUGCGUCAGACGGCGGCGAGAGAGAUCCUGGUGAAAAAGUUCGAGUUUGACAAGAGGGUGUCGACUGCGGAGCUGAAUCGACAGCGAGAGAUCCAACGUCGCGUGCAGGCAAUUCGCCGCCACCAUGAGAGGCGCGCUGAGAUCGUGAGACAGAACAAGGCUGCCCUGGAUCGCCAGGACGGCAAUCUCGCGGACGCGCCGCAGCCGGUCGUUCUGCCAGUGGAAAAUGAGACUGCCAGCUCCGGCUAAGUAUCGCGUCCCCGCGUCAAGGCCGCCCCGAGCGCGCCCCGCAAGGCUCCGUUUCGCUUUGUGCCAUUAUUUUCUGACUCGAAGUAAAACGGGAGGUCGAUCGCGCACCGCAUCCUGUCCGCAUUUCGAGCAGGGAGAGAGAAGAGAGACAGAACGUGUCGUGUCUCCCUCCCGGUUUCUCGAGAUCGCACGGACAAUACUGCCUUUCGUCACGAUAUUCCCACUUCGGCAAAGUUAUGCAUAGUCCGCACGGUUCUUUGACUUUUAGCGAGAGAGAGAGAGAGAGGGGGGGGGGAGCAAGCGAGGUGACUUGAACAGAUUGUUGCGAAAGUUUAGCUGCGAGAGAGUUCUGUAUCCGACAGGUAUGUCGAUUCUUUGAAAUUCUAGAUAUUGGUUCAUAGGGCUCGGAAAAACCGAGAUCGUAAUAAUCCCGGUUCGAAAAAGUUUACACGUUAGAUUGGCAUAUUCAGGAUUGAGAUACCUAAAUACUUAUAGAUUCAGGACUUUUUAGAAUCGAAGAGAGAACUUUAUUUUCUUUAUUAUUAUUACUUAAAAGUCUAAGAUAUUGAGGAAGAGAUCUAUUGUGUGCCUCGAAGUUAAAAUAUUUGAAGAUAUAGGAGUGUAAGAGAAAGAUUUUUCUAAAGUCGCAGAAAUUUUGCGUUUCUUCUCGAAUGGCACAAGAACGUUGUGAGUUAUGUGAAAUCCAAAGAACUUUCGCAGCAACUUGAAGAAUUUUUUAAAAAAGAAGAAACAAUCUUUUUUUUAUACAAAGAAUAAAUUUAUAAAAGGUAAAAUGAGAUUUACAACACCUUUGAAAGGUUUAAAGCGAAAGUGACUUCAUUUAAAUAUAGUUUCCAAAAUAUCUGUCGCUCAUGUUAAUAUUGAAAGAUGUACCAAAUUUGUUUCUCGUUUUCUAUUCAAAAAACAAAAAGGAAUUACAAGUAUUCAAAUCAGUGUUUUGUUUAAGACAAACUUUCCAAAAAGUUUUUUUCCUAUGAGCCUUUAAUAUUUAAUGUGAGAAGAAGGAGUUAAGGCAAGAUCUUAAAAAUAUUUUAAUAUAUUUGAAAAUAUCCUCGUUUUAUGUUAAAUAAUUAUAGAAUUUUUAUUUAUAUGGGAAAGUAAUCAUUUUUUUUUCUAUUCAUGUUAUCACUAUCUCAAUCUUGUCGUCGAACGUGAAGAGAAAGAAAUCUCGAUGACAGCUGCGAUCGAUUAACCGUGAUUACCGAGUAGUUGGUUUUGAAUCGCAACAUACAGUACGUCGUUUCCCAAGGAUGAGAAAGAGAGAGAUAGAUAAAAGGAUUGGGGGUGAGAGAGAAGUAUGGGAAUUGGAGGAUAGAAAUUAACGGAAUACUAAUAAAUCACUAUCGCUACAACUAGAUCCUAAGUGAUGCGACUGCGGCUCUGUGUGCGCGCGCGCGCACACACAGGAGGGUGUGUGUGUGUGUGUGUGUGUGUGUGCGGUGUGUGCCGGAGUGUUAAGCACAUUCAUGAUUAUAUAUAUAUAUAUAUAUAAAUAUAAUAUACAUAUAAUUAUAAUGAUAUAAUAAUAAUAUUAAUAAUAAUAAUAAAUAGUGCUUUAUACUAGGCUUGAAAACUUGAGAAACCAUUUUGUACUCAUUGUAAUAUUACUGCGCUAACCGACAUGAGAAACACUCACUUACACGAGACAUGUAGUCUAACGGAAUAUGAUAAUGUGACGCUUCUGUGAUGACUUUAAUUAUUUGUCAAAAUGUGUAGCGUUUAAGUGCGGGCGAGAGAGAGGGAGAGAAAGAAAGAAAGCGAUAGAGUGAAUGGGACAGAGUAUGUGUGUAUGUGUGAAAAAUACAGGAAAGAAAAGAGAGAAAGACAUUUUUGUUUCUUCAAGUUAGCACGGUGUCGUGACCAGGCAAAAAGUUCACUCGUGACAAGAAAUUAACAUUUAUACGGCGGUAUAGUCUCGCACGGAUCAAUUUUCCAAUGUGCGGAGAUAAACUUCAAAUCGUUUCCGUAUUAUAUUAUUAGUUUGCGAACAAAUGCGGUCGUUAUUCUCUUGCGCUUCUACGACAUCGAAGUCUUAGAAAGUUGAAGUUUGAAAGUUUGUCGAAAUUAAGCGUCGGGUCCAAUUGCCAAGUUUACAUGGGCGCAAAUAAAUACGAAACGCGCAAGGAUCAAGUUGAAAAGAUAAAAGAGGAUAAACGUUACGAUAUUUUUUUAUAGACGAGUUUUAAAAUUAACCUGGCUUAAGGUGACUUAUAGAUAAUCCUUGAGUGUAUCUUGAAAUCGGUAAUGAUACAAAUUAGUUUGUCCUACCGACGCGCGACUGCUUUUUCUACUUGUAUAUACAAGAAGCUAAAGAUAAAGAGAAGGCUAAAAUUUUGAAACUCUUGAAAAGGAUGUGAAAAGCAGUUUGGAUAGCAAGGAUUAAACAUGGUAUGAGAAUGCAAAUAUAAAAUUUUUCAAAGAUCUAAUGUAAAUUUUGCGGAUAUAAAAAAAACAAUUAGAACAUAAAAUUUAAUAAGAACUUAAGCCUUGGUCACAAUACCGCUGCAAUCCAAGGGGCUAGAAACACAACAGAUCGUAACUGUAUUCAUAAUAUUCAUCAGCUUGUGUCUCAUAAUUCGGAUCAGUAAUUCCCAAGCUUGAGCGAUUCUUUUAUAUGAUUAAUUUGAUUUGCGCAAUAUCAACUAUAAUUUUACUGGGAAUGGAAAAAGCCAUUUCUAUGUUAUGAUUCUCUUCUUGUCAAAAUUGUCUCCUAAAUUCUUGUAGAUUUUACGAUUUUCAAAAUCUGAAGAUUCUUAGGGCUAAAAUUCUGAGAGGAAUUUUAUUGAUUGUAAGAUUCUUCAUGAUUAACUCUGUCAUUUUUCUGUAUUGUAUUCAUCAUGUUACAGUUUUCAUAUAUUUUCAUCAGUUCUUAUACUUCACGUACGAAUUGUAAUUCAUUUUGCUGCUGUUCCUAUGCAAAAACAAAUAGGUCUUUGUUAUUUUGUAUUUUGAUUCUUGGGAAUCUGAUCGUUUUUGCAUUGAUAACGCGCAUUUAGUUCUAAUUUUAUUUGUAUUAUGGAAUUUGUUUUUAUAAAUCCCUGAGUUUCUAACAUAAUUAUAUAUAUGAAUUUAAAAUAACUAACUUGGAAUAACAAACUUGUCCCAGAACAAUUCAAUUUACUUAAAUUCCGUAUCACACACCCUACAAAAAUUUAGUUGUGCCUAAAGUUAAAGCAAAUUGUUUUACGAUUAGAAUCCUUUCGUUAAGUUUAAUAUCAAUAUAAUAAUUUCUCCUCUUUGCGCGUAACUCAUUUAUUGUAAUUUAAUUCUUUAAUAUAAUUUCCAUGUGAUUUACGAAGGAGCUAAAUGUGCGUUUUCGACACUACGUAAGGAAUUCUCACAAAACGCCUAAUUGCACCGAACACUAAGUAAGCGUGGAAGUUGACGAGUGUAAGGAUGAAGAAGAUGGAGGGAAGAGUAGGCAACGAGAAGUUUCCAGAGAAUUUUCAGGUGAAUCGAAGAGAAAUUUGUCUUGCCGUGUCGCGACGAGUAUGGUGGGUAACGUCUAUUUUUGCAUCAUUGUUGUGAUCUUUUGGAAAUUGUAUCAUCGUGUAAUGAUUGUAGGCGCUCCGCGAUGUAUGUGCAUCACUGUCCUCGACUUGCGUUACGAUAUAUGCCGGGUGACCCGCAGAAAGUAUGCAAGAAUACUAAAUAUUCACUUCCGAGUAAACCACGUUAUAUUAAAAGCGAAGAAUCUCGUAUUCUUUCUUCGGGACACUCUGUAUAAAAAUGUGUAUAGAUUUCUAUACGAUGACGCGUACAGUGUUAUAUACCGUGGAUCGAAAGUCAUAUUUUUAAGAGUGAACUCUUAAAUGAGAAAAAUUUCUCAGUGAUUUCGGGAGAGACUCGAGAGAGAAUAAAAAGGGAACAAAUUAAAAGAAAGAAAUCGAAAUCGCAGUUAUUUUAUUUACAUUAAUUAUAUUCACAAUUUUAUAUUUACAGAUAUAAAAACUUUAUUCGCAUAACUUAGUGUAUCUUUUCUUUGUUAUUUUCUUAAUAUGUAAAUUGUUAGAUGUAAAUUUUAUAUAUAUAUAUAUAUAUAUAUGACGAUUGUGUUUCACACAUGGUAAUAUAUUUUGAAAUUAUAAUGCAUUUCAUCACAUAUAAUGUCCUGCAUAUGAAAGUAGACGUAAUUACUGUAAUAACGUUCCUAUAGCUACUAUCAGCUAUAAUUGAUAUCUAUGCGAUAGAUAUAUUUAUUACAGAUAUUAAAUUACUAUGAUUACGCGAUUUUCGAUCCAUGUCGUAUAACAUGUGUGUCUCGUAGGCUUUGGUAUCGUCUCUCAUGAUGAAGAAUGUGCGAGAAAAACUUAAUUAAACGAAAUAUAUAUAUAUAAAUAUAUAUGCGAGCGGACGGAGAAGAUUAUUGUGUCGCGAUAUUACUAAUCGCGUCUUGCAUUGGCUGCCUUCGAUAUACUUCUUUCGGUUUCAGUUUGAGGUAAUGUGUGUCAAAUGAGAACUCGAUUGUGUGUGAAGUAAAAGGCCAUACCUACACGCACCA